UGCGGAGGGAGCGGGUGCAGGGGGUAGGUGCCCGGGGAGCUGGUGCCGGCAGGGCAGCCCAUCCAUGGAGGAAAAGCGCAUUCUGUGCAUUGGCCUGGUUUGCCUGGACAUAAUCAGCGUGGUGGACGCGUACCCGCUCGAGGACACGGACACCAGGUGCCUGUCUCAGCGCUGGCAGCGGGGUGGCAAUGCCUCAAACUCCUGCACCGUGUUGUCCCUGCUGGGGGCGCCCUGCGCCUUCAUGGGCUCGUUGGCGCCCGGACACGCAGCAGACUUCGUCCUGGCCGACCUGCGGCGCUAUGCAGUGGAGCUCACCCACCUGGUCCCGCACCCCGAGAGCUCCUUCCCCACCUCCAUCGUCAUCAGCAAUGCGAGCAGGGGCACCCGCACCAUCCUGCACACAAACAGUUUCAUCGUGGCGGACCUCCGACGCAGGGGUGUGGAUGUAGCGCAUGUGGCGUGGCAGAGCCGGGGGGACACGCCAUGCGCCUGCUGCCUUGUCAACAGCACCAACGGCUCACGGACGGUCACACUCUAUGACACAAACCUGCCAGAUGUGACAGCACAGGAUUUUGAGCAGGUCGACCUCACCCAGUACAAGUGGAUCCAUUGGGAGGGCAGGAACGCUGCGGAGCAGGUGAAAAUGAUCCAGCGCGUGGAGGAGUAUAACCGGACCUGCCCAGCCCACCAGAGAGUCUCUACGUCGGUGGAGGUGGAGAAGCCCCGAAAGGAGCUGUACCAGCUCUUCGGCUACGGAGACGUGGUAUUUGUCAGCAAGGACGUGGCGAAGGACUUUGGUUUCCACUCGGCUCCCGAGGCCGUGAAGGGGCUUCACACCCGUGUGAGACCAGGGGCCACUGUGAUCUGCGCCUGGGCCGAGGCAGGGGCUGACGCGCUGGGGCCUGACGGGGAGCUCGUCCACUCAGACGCCUUCCCCCCAGAGACCAUCGUGGACACGCUGGGCGCUGGAGACACCUUCAAUGCCGCUGUUCUCUUGGCCCUGUCGAGAGGGCAGAGGCUGCAGGAGGCGCUGGCCUUUGGGUGCCAGGUGGCUGGCAGGAAGUGCGGGGUCCAUGGGUACGACGGCAUCGUGUGAACAGAGCGCCGCCCGCUGGAGGAGACGCCCCCUUUGCACCAGGAGGCUGCAGCUGGUGCUGACUUGCUGGGAUUUCCUGGGGCGCAAGGGCUGAGCUGUUGGUGCUGCCGGCCGGGUGCCACGGUGCCUGCUGCCCGGGCACUGUACCCGGCCCUGCGGGUCCCCUCCCCGUCCAGCUUAGUCAAUAAACGCUUGGGAACAGCU